GAAUUACCGAAGGGGAGAGGCCUGUGUAUAAAUAACACGGAUCUCUCCCCUGUCAGCUCCUGCACACUGCUUUGUAUGGCUCUGCAUAGCAGCAUGCAUACAGUGAAACACACCCAGCACACAGCAUGCGUACAGUGAAACACACACAGCACACAGUUAACCCUUUGAUUGCCCCUCAUGUUAAUCCCUUCCUGCCCAGUGCCAUUAGUACAGCGUCAGUGCUUUUUAUUAGCACGGAUCACUGUAUUGGUGUCACUGGGGAUGUCAGUGACUCCAAGUCAGUCCCCUCCCCCUCAGAGUGGCCGCCGCAGUCCCGCUAU